AACACAAUUGUUGAUAAGAGAUAGUGAGGCUAAAUAUAUCUUUACCAAAGGUCUAACAAAGGUUCAAGUCAUUGGGACAUAAUUUUAGUGGGAGGAGCGUGUUAUGGAUCUUCACCCUUGACCAUGAUGGUGUAUGUGUAAAACUACAUGUUUGACAAACGACACAGUGUGUGAAAGAGAAAACAUCACAUGUGGUAGGUGUGACAUUACUUCAUCUGAUGCAAUGCACUGCGGACAUCGACAUGCAUGAGCGGUGUCAUGUUUCAACUCAUUCAUUUCAGGCGAACACAGAAUUGGUCCGAGUGUAAGGGACUUGUGUGGUGAUUUCACCUGGAGGGGAUAUACAGCUCAUCACCAUCAGCUGGCCAUCGUCAACAGGAUAAUAACACCAUUUGUCACUGCACAAACCACACUCAUGGGUGAUUGGCGGAAGUGAAAGGAAGUCCAUUGCUUUAGAUCGUCAAUUGCAGAUAUCAUCCGCUCUAACUGGGUCAUCCAAAGUCCCUGCUGGGCUCGUAGUAAACAAUUCAAAUAACAAAGAUCUGAGGUAACCUACUGACACUGCAAAUUACAAAUACAAAGAGUUAUACAUCUUCAAAGCAACCUGCAUUAGCAGUAGAACAGAACAGUCAUCAUGGGAACAGAAGUACAUUGAGCAUACACUGUUGAACUCUGAAAAAGAUACUGUAAAAGGUUACCAGGUUGCCUUGCACAUGUCAGCCAAUGAAUAACAACAUCAGUUUCAUGUGUUGAUAAGGGCUUGGGUGAAGAUGGUCGGAGAUUGUAUAAAACUGUUAAUUGUGAAUGAGAAGUGCAUUCAAAAGCAAGGAUGAUGUCUGUUGUGUGUUUCUCGGGAGAUGGAAAACUGGUUCUACGCAAUGUCCAUCAGGCUAGCUCAGGAUGCCCGUGUUGAGGAGGUGGAUGGUAACACGUAAUUUUGACAAAGGAUGCAUGACAACAGUGAGUGGAACAGGAGUGUGCACAGGAACAAUUACUGGAGGCCAUCACAAGGAUUGUAUCUCCCAAACACAGAUAGAACAAGGGAGCCAAAUGGAAGAUCCACAGCUCAAGGUUUCUCAAGAUACUCAGAUAACUACCGACACAGGCACACAGACCAGAGAUCACAUGAUUUCAAGUGGCAUAAUUACCCUAGGAGUCUAUACCAGGGCACCUAUAGUCAAAGUUUUGGAGCUGCAAUACAACCUUCUAUUCCUAUGGCUCCAAGACAUAGGAAAAGGAAGGGUAGAGACAGAGGUGGGAGUCGCCCAUUUCCUUCUAAACUAGUUGAAAAGAUUGCAGAUGACAGCACUGCUGCUUCCACAGUUUCAUCAUCAUCUUCAUAUACAUCUUCAUCACAUAAUAAACAUUCAGCAAGCACUGUGUCAUCAACAAAGCAUCUAUCUUCAUCAUUGAGUUCACACAAGUUCUUAGGUGCAAAUCCUUCAUCAAGGCCAGAUGACAACGGUUCUAGAGGUGGUGAAAGUUCAAAGCAGGGAUCUUCACUUAAUGUGAAGCUUCAUUCUGCUAAUGUGCCAACUAGACCACCUGUUUCUUCAUCAGGGACUAUAUCCAAAUCUUCAACCUCAUCCUCUUCCACUGCUGUUUCAACAGCAGCAUCAACAAGUUCCUCAUUAUCUUCAUUGUCAAGUUCAACUGAACUCCCAAAGUCCUUACCAAAUAUUGCUCAAACUUACUCUGUGUCAGUAUCGUCAAAUAAUCUUCCCAAAGUAAAGAUUCUGAAACACAGUUCUCCAGGUACUUCAAAGCCAAUACCAAUGUCAACUCUUGCCUACUGUGAGAGCAUUCCUCACCUAAAAGACAUACUACACAAAAGACCUGUAGUUAUGCUUGAGAAAUUGACAGAAAAACUCAUCAGAAUGAAACUGAAACACAAUGGACUCUGUUUAAAGGGAAACUGGCGCAGUAUGCUGCACAAGCAGCGUAAGAAAAAAACUGACAACCAGAAAAAAGAAGACAAAAUACAGAAGAAAAAAUCAUUAAAGUUAAUACUUUCAAUGAAUUCUAAGGGCAUGAUUGAUAAGAAAAAAAACAAGCUAAAAAAAGACCAUUCUAAUCAUAAAAAUAAUAAAAGUGAAUUUUUGAAUUCAGAAAACAUCCUUGACACAAGAGAUAGCAAAACGAGUUCAUCACUCUUAGUUGACCCAAAGGUUAUGUCACUUUCCCGUCCAUUACAAUCUGCAUACAGCAAUAAUGCCUCCAUGACCAAGAUGCCUUUUAAACAUUCAGGGAGAGUGAUAAAUCCAUCCAAGACAUUUCACCCCAAACCAACAGGACCCAUGCCCAAACACAUGCAAAUGUUUGACCUGGAUAAGCUGAGGACAAAACUGAAAGGUGCUAACUUUGGUGGUUCUGGCAGAAAGCCUGGGCCCUUCUUAAACACAAACUUAGAUAUGCAUAAUACUGAGUUGUUAAGAUCAUCAGAAGAUGUUCCUGUGCUUAUAAGUAAGUUUUCAGCACCCUCAUCAGAUACUACUGAUAUCAUUAGUCCCAUGUCAGGUUUGGAUGACAACAUGAUUGUUAGAAGUGAUGUGAGAGAGGAUAUGAUUACUGAUGAUGGAUCAGUAGGUUCUGACUCUGAACAUAGUUGUCAUUCUGACACACAUGCUGAGAGCAAUAUAGGAAAGGAGAUGGCUGCUGAUGAAGAACACAUUGAUACUCAAAACACUGAUCAUAAAGGGAAUGAAGUAAGUUGUGAGUGUGUCAUUGAUAAAUGUGCUGCUGAUUCAUCUGGAGAUGCUACUGACUUUCAUAACCCUGAGGAUCAUGAUCAGUCUGUAGGUGAUUCUUCAGGUCCAUCUGAUAGCUGGCUUGUUGAAGAACCAGUUGUCCCUACAGAACCUGAGCUGUCUUCUGUGCCAACACUAGUACCAGAAACUGAGCGUAAAUCUGUUGUUGAUAGUGCUAAGGAUAUUUCAGAUUUGAUGAGCAAAUCAGCAGAUGGACUGGAAGAGAAGGGGUCAUCGAUUGAGAUUGGUGAAGUUGAGGGGGAUGUAAGUGAUAUGCACCAAGAGAGUAAAUUGAAAGAUAUAAUAGAUAAUGAAGUUGAUUCUUCUUUGCAACCUGAUGAUGAUUCUCCAAUGGACAAGAAGGAGUGUUCUCUUGAAGAGAAAGAUGAUUAUUUUCCUGAUAAAAUAAAACUUGUGUCACUGGACAAAGCAGAGGUAACAGACAAAGAUGUUAUUGACAGCACAGUUCCUGUUGACAAUUCAGGGACUAUUUCUGCAGACAAUGAUAAAGAAACUUUGUUCGAAACCAGAAGUGUAGAUUGUAAUCUACAGAGUUCAGAUGGAAUGGCAAAAGAAACAUCCAGUACCUUGGAACAACAGUGCUCUGUUUCUAAGGACUCAAAUGACAACGUAAUGUUGGUGAACAAUGAUGACAGGAGUCAAGAAAUUGGAAGCCCAAGAGAAAGUAUAUGUGAGAAAGAGGAAUUGAGUUCUCAGCAAAGUGUUCCUUUGAGUAGUCAGGAAAGAGACCCUGUUCUUUAUGACAAUGAGGCAAACAGUGCAUCAGGCACCUUGGUUGACAAUGCUGUGAAAUCCCCUCAUUCACUGACUGAUAUUUGCCACGGGUUCCUGAAAAAGCAGGACAUGCAUUUUAGAUUGCCAAGUUCAGAAGGCAAUGUGGACACUGAAGCUACCAAGGUUCAAGUCGAUGGAGAAAAUGCAUCUGCAACAUCAUUGGAAAACCCAGAAACUAAUUUGAAUAAUGAAGAAAGAGAAAGUAAUUCUCAGUGCCUUACUGAUAAAUCUAAUAAAGAUGCUAUGGCUGUUGACUUAAGAAGUGAUGUGGCCAUUGAUCUAUCCAGUUCCAGGACUGAUGAUGAUUUGUCACCAGUGUGCAUUAUUUCAUCUGUGGAAAGUGGUGCUCAUAUCUAUUUCAGUGAAUCUGAUUCUGAUCUCAAACCAAACACCAAGACUGAUGAACAGAAAGAGAUGCAAAUGAGUGGUCAAACUUCCUUGGCAACCUCUUCACAGUCACAAAGUAUUACAUCAGAAACUAUUGUUACAAACACUGCAAGUUCGACAGCCAUUAUUCCUAAUACAGAGCAAUCUAGACAUGAUACCAUUACUCCUACAUCUAGUGGUAUUCAAGAUUUCUUUUCUGCUGGACUAGUAUCAAAUUCUUAUCCGGUGAUAGUGACUUCCUCAAUUCCAGUGUAUCCCAUUCCAGAUGUAAGCUCUGUGAUCCAGCCUAUCUUACUAACUUCCCAAAGCACAAAUUUGGCCAGGCAGUCUGCCCCUAUGCCAACGACAAAAGAAUCUAAGUUGGCAUCUAAGCCAAGGCCUAUCAGGCCGAAAGGAACUGAGCCAAAUAGUUUUGUUCAGAUGCCAGUUCCAAAAGUCCCAUCAUUUCCUAUGUUCCUUCCAACAAUUCCAUCUGCUUUCCCACCAGAGACAUAUAAUGACAAUACACAUAAUGAUGGCUACACUGUGGAUAUUCAUUUAUCUGGUAGUACACAAACUAUGCAAAACAAGCAUGAACAUUCAGGUAAUAAUGCUGAUACAAAUAAACAAGCUACAGCAGCAACUGCUGAAUUUUCUGAUCGCCCAACCAGUGACAUUAUUGAUGCAUCUGACAGUCAUUCAUUGACUGAGCCAGAAGAAGUUCAAACGUUGAACAGUAACCCUACUGUUCAGGAAGCACCCAUGUUUUCAGAUGGUACUCUCAUUAAUGACAAAGCAUUAUCACCAGAUAUGAUAAACAAUGAUGUGUGCCAAAAGCUAAUGACUCAGGGUCAAAUGGCUAGGGUUGUCUCAGAUCUUGAUGUUAUGCAUUAUGAUGAUGAACCACCAGUGCUAGAAACAGUAAACAACUCUGACUACUGGGUAAUAGGUGAGCCCAGUCAGUUGACCAAAAUCCAACCGGUUGGUUCUGAUGCACCAACUAAUUUGUCUGAGCAAGAUUUGCAACUAACUGAGUCUCUGUCAGAGUCCACAACAUCUGUUGUUAGUGAAUAUCAUUCAUCUGAAGCAGAAAAGGAGGAUCAGUCAUACAUAUUUGUGGUUGCUGAGUCAGAAUCAAGUGCCAACAACUCUACUAACCCUAGUAACAAUGAAGCUACUGAACACUGCAUAAAAUCACAAUUUGAAACAAGUGGACAAGUUUCGCAAGAAAGGGUUGAGGUGGGAAGGUUGAAUUUGAGACGAGCACAUACAGAAGAUUCUGACGAUAGCGAUGCAACUUUGAUAUACUCAUGUGAUGAGGAAAACACAUACUUUGAGGAGAUAUUCCAGGAGCCAGAGGGGCCAACCUGGCCUAGAAAUGCCCCCUGGACUGAUAACGAAGAUGACAAGAACCCUCUAUAUGAAGGAAAGCUUGUGAUUGUGUCAGAUGUUCCUGAAGAUCGUGAUGGUGAGAGUACCUCUGACACCAACACGAGCAAUGAAAGGUUAUCAUUAAUCAUAACAACAUUGAGGAAAGACCUUGAGGAAAAGAAAACUGAUAGGAGACAAGCUGAAAAGGAAGGGGAGAAGGACAAGGAAGAUGUUACUCCAAGUACCAAAGUUUCAAAAGGAAAAGGGAAGAGAAAGAAACCUGUGAAACCCAGGAAAAGAGCAACAAUACGUUCUCUGGACUCAUCUGUUCCAAAGGAAGCAGAAGGCACUCCGAGAAGGAAAAAGUCUACUUCUAAGCAUAGAAAGACUUUAAUUGUGACGAUACAAAGGAGAAAUUUAGCCAAAUGUACUACAACUUCAGAGACAUCUGAAAAUGUACCUGAAGUACAAGCAACUGCUGCAGAAACAGAUGCCAAAGCUAAGGUCAAGGGAAAUCAAAGAAAGGUGAAAAAGACAAGACGUAAGAUUAAGCGGAGGCUGACUGCAAAGAGACGGAAGAAAAAAGUGUCGGCACCAAGUGUUGAGACAGUUGCAGAUGAAGACAUUGCUAAAGAAGAAGCAAAGGAGACUGAGGAAAAAAAGCCAGUCAGCAAGCCAAGGAGAACUAUGACCCAAAAAAGGAGAGUGACAAAACAAGGAAGACGAAAGAAAAUGACAGAGGCUACAACUGUAAAGAAAGAGAGAGAGCCAGAGGAAAAAGUUGAAAAGACAGAUAGCGAUGAUUCAGAUGAGCUUCCCACAAUUCUUCCUCCCAAGAGGCGGCGCCUACAGAAGAAUGGGAACCCUCUCAUGAUGAUGCAAAACACAGUGGGAGGCAAGGGGAACAGCUCGGAACGUAUCAUGCGGGAGUUCCCUCGCCAUAAUUGGCUGGAACAUAAGAUUAAUCAGCUGCAGCAGCAGACUACCUGCUCCCCUUCUGAAGAGGAGUUGGUUGCAGCAAAUACAGUACAUCAAAGUCCCACACAUGUAUGUGAUUCUCAACCAAGCUCAGAACCAGUUCAGACAGAGAGCCUGCACAAACAAGACUCUGAUCCUGUAGAUGAGCGAUAUGAUGACCAUCCUGUUCCUUCCGAAUCACCAAGUUCCAUCAAAGAUGGAAGUCCUGUAGCUCCUGCUGCAGGAUCCUGUGUUGGUUCUCAUCAGGAUGGAGAGAAAAACACACAACACUCUCCAAAUGCUACAGAUGGGUCAAAUCAGAACUCCUUUAGCUUACAUGAAGCAUUGGAGAUGGUUGGUGCUGAAGACAAAGAGGGUGGAGAGUUGGUCAUUGACGAAGGUGGAACAGAACAAGAUGCAUCUGUCAUUGAUACUUCUGAAACAGGGCAUAAGAGUGGGAAGGAAGAUGAUACACAGGUGGAAGCAGUGAAGGAAUCUCCAACACCUGAACUUACAUCUGCCUUGUCAGAGUCUACACAACAAAGCCAGCCAACAGUGGACAAAAGCACAUUAAAGAGUGAUGCAACAGAAGCCAAGCCAACCGGACAGCCACUAGACCUCUGUGUGAGGAAAAAUGAUAAACCAAGUGGAGGGUGUGCCAGACCUAAGGCUCCUCCUGUCCAGAUGGUGCUUCCUCAAGUUCAGCAACCAGCCCGGCCUGUGUCAACUGACCCUGCUCUGGUCAAGGAGACAAAAGAAAUUCUCCAGGCAGUUGUUACUGAACCCCCUGAAAGUAAUACCACCACAAAGGAGAAGACGACACUAACAGAGGGAGCUCUGAAUUUGACACAAGCUCAUUCACAAACUCCUGUCUCUCUGGCAGAGAUGGCAAGAGGGAUUGUUAUGCCUGUAGGGACGCAGGAACCUUCCAGUGCAUUGCAACAGGCAACAGAUAGUGAUGAACUGUCUCAACAAAGUCAGACUCUUUCAGUAGCUCCGUCCAGUCAGGUAUCUGUUGGUGAACUUGCAGGUCCUCAACUUCGUAACCCUGAACCAUCUUCUGCUACAAGUCCAGUGUCCAUUUCAAAGCCUAAUUCAGGAAUCAGCACUGUUGUACCAUCUCCCUAUUGUCCCAUGUUUGCUUCCAAUAGCCCAGGGGUAGAUGGUCAUUCAGUGUCAAGACCAACAGGGUCUACAAUGGUUCAUCCAGUCUCACAGAGGCAAGGACCUGUUCCUGGUCUUGUCCCUGCUCAUGGGCGCCAACACCCAAAUCACCCAUUUCCAAGACAUGGUCACCAACCAAGGAACAUGGAAGGAAAAGAUUUGGAUAAAGAAUUUGAAAAACACUUUAGAGAGUUCAAACAGCUGGAAAUAUUAGCUGCCAAGAAAGAGCGGGAGAGAGAAGCGCUUCUUCAGAUGAAAAAACGAAAGGCAAUGUUGUUGAGAGAAAUGAAGAUAUUAAAGAGCCAACAAAACACUCCUCAUGAAAAUGAAAACUCUUCACAUCUGCAAGGUCAAAUAUUCAAACCUCCUGUCUCAAAUACUCAGCAUAGAGCACAGGUAGCUGAACUUAGGCCUUUUCAAGGAACACCACAAGGUAGGGCAUGUUUCCAGAAAACAGAUCCAGAUCCACAAAAUACUCACCCAGUAUAUUCAGUUCCUCCCCCUUUAUCUCAGACUGCUACAAGUCCAAGUGGCAACUUUAGCAUGGCACCACUGAACCUGGUAGGAGUUGGACACAGGAAAAGAGGAAUUAGUUCAGAAGAUAGAAGACCUAUUGUAGAAAUGAUAAAUCUUGCCAUGUUGCAGAGAAGCCGCAGUAAGCAUAGACGACUGAGUGAAGAGCAGCGGACAGGAACUAAUGCAGUGCCAACUCCAGCGCAUCAGAAAAAAUCAGAUGGAAUAGUAAUUCUUGAUAGUGAUGUGCCCAGUUCAGAAAUAACCCGCUCCCCUUAUGUGAAAAGGAAAACACCUAUUCAUGAACCACCGGGUUCAGUGAAUAGAUGCGCCCUUUCCUCUGUAGCUUUGGUUCCGGCCCACUCCCAGCCACCUUUCCAAACUGCUGGUAGCUUGAUAGUUCCAGCUAAAACUGCUCCACAGGACCAAAUCCUUUCAUCUUUUGUUCCUCCUAAUCCACAUGGUUCAGGGAACACUGCAAACCCAGGUCCUCAUUCCUCAGCUUUACACCACCCACAACCAGUAACUGGAGUUCACAGAACCCCAACAGUGAAUGAAAUCCAAUCUGAUCAUAGUACAAAAUCCAGAAACUCAUCAGAGUCCAAUUAUAAUGUUGCUCAUGUUCCACAGGAUCAGCCUGUGUCAUACCAUCCCCAAGGAGAGAGAAUGAUGAGUAACAUGCAUCCUAGUGCUUUUGUUGUGGAUCAUGGGAGUGUACAACAGCAGCAGUGGUCACCACGGAUGCCUAACCCAAUGUCUCAAAAUCAUUUGUAUGCUUCUCAUCAAGGCUUUCCAGGAAAUCAACCAAUGCGACCCACAGCACUUCACAGUGUUCACCAGCCAAGUAAUGUCAGACCUCAAAUUGCGCAUGGUAUGAGACAUGAUAGGGGAAUGGAGGUUAUUGACUUGACAAAGGAGCCACAGAUAUCUAAACCUGAUAUGCAGAGGCAUAUACCAGGGAACCAGCUCAUGGCUGGUGGAAAUGAACCACCAAGUGGCCCAAAGGAUGAGACUGAGAGUACUGUCCAACGAGAAUUAACAGCAGCUUUAGCCAGAAGACAGGGGACAGGUUUUGAACAACAGCCGCAGCAACAGCCGCAGCAACAGCCUCAGCAGCUUCCACAACAAAUGGUUAGGAGGGAAACGAUACCUAAUAUUGCACAUUAUGGUCAAAAACCAUAUCCUGGACACAACCCUGUAAGCCCCCAAGGAGUGCCUCAAGGGCAACAUCCAAGUUCUUUGUAUUCUCGUCAAGGACAUGCUCAUGCUGGUAAUCCAAUGUCAUCUCUGACAGAUGCACCAUAUGCCCCUAUGCAAGGUAGGCAAUCAACAGCAGGAACCCAAUAUAGGAUGCAGGAACCAACAAGUGUCAAAUCAGCUUUGUUGUCAUCAGGGCCGAAACAAAUGAUGUCUGCAUCUAAUUACCCGAUGAAUACCUCAGCACAAACUGCCUCUUAUGCAACACCACAAUACCAGCAAAGAAAUACAGACAAGGUUCCUCAACAAAUGGUGAAUGCUCCUCCAAUGGUUGAAAGCUACCAGAGGAUGCCAGAGAAAGGUUCCAUAAUGCCAGGUCAAGUUCCACAUCAACAACCUCAAUCAUCUUAUGCUGAUCAUUUGAAUAGAGGUGGCCCACCAAUGACAAACCAAUACAAACCUCCUCAGCAACCUAUGACAUGGAGACCUCAAGUGCCAACGUCAGUUUCCAAUGUACCAAUGACCCUUGAGAAGCAGCAGCACAUGAUGAUGAUGGCUCGCAAGAACCAAUGGCAACACUAUUCUCAAGCACAGAAAUACCCAAUGCCCCAGAAGGGUGCUAACCCCACCAUGUCAUCAAGUGGGCCUUCUCAUGCCAUGCAAGCAGGAGUACCUCAAAGUGGAGGCUCGAACUAUGCAAUGGCACCAUCAUCACAGAAUCAGGAACACAGCAUGCAUAUGAGAGCAGCUUUGCAUAAUAUGAGGAUGAUGCAACGAGGACCUGCCCCUGGUUCAGGCCCUGUGCCGGGACCUAUGCAGGCAAAAAUGCAACAAACAAUGCAGCAAGGAUACCCCCGUGAAUCAGGAAUGCUAAUACCAGGACAAGGGGCUGCACCAGCAUUGAUAGAGUUUCAAGAGCAGGAUAAUCAAAGGCGAAUGCAGCAAGUGGCAAUGACACAACCGCCACCAAGGCUUCAUCAGUUUAAUGGUUCCUGUGUUGUGUGUGGUUCCUUGGCCAUGUAUCUGUGCUCAAGUUGUCGUAUGGUGUGGUACUGUAGCCAGACAUGUCAGAACAAUCAUUGGAAGCGACAUGGUCCAGAGUGUAAGCCCAUCAAAGCCGGACUUCCUGGACAAUUAUAGUUAAAGUGAAAUGACUUCUAUAUGUCACAUGUCAAUCAUCCUGAGAUUAGUGCCUUGCCAUAUCACUCAGUGAAUUCAGCUGAGUGGUUAUCUAUGAUGUUUAGCUUUGGGACAUGCUUAGUUUGGUGGUGGUGUUGAUUCAUUUAGUUCAAAGUUUUAUGAACUAUCACAAGUUAUGUUGUUGGAUGGGGACCAAAUUAAAUUUGGUAUCCUGUGAAUUUCGUGAAAUUUCAUGAAAUACACUUGCUACAGUGUAUAGUUGAUUCUGUUAUUGUUGCAAAUAUGGCACUUACUUGUGAAAUGACUGACGUGAGAAUGGAUUUUAUGUGAAAUCCUCAUUAUGAUGGUGUAAAAAUGUUCAUAUUCAUAGAAUCAGGAACAGUUGAAAAUAUACUUUAAACAAAUCACAAUAAAAGUUAUAUAUAUUUCAACCAUGCUUUGGAAUGUUGUAUGAACUAUAUUUAAGUUAUAUUAUGUCAUAAUCCUACCAUUUAUUGGUCACUUUGAUUUGACUGACAUUUAGAAUGUCUAAAUAGAUGAACAUUGAUUUGACCUUAAAAUCAUGAUACAUGUAGCAAAGCUGAUAUGCCUUUUACGUGUUAAACUAAUCAUUAACUUGAAUUGUGAAAGGAUACUGAAUAUGUAUGUGUUUGAUUCAUUUCAACUGUCACUGCUGGUUUACAAUCAUUUAAAUAGUACAAACUUGUUCUAAAAGUCCUUUGAAGCUUCACUUUUUUUAAAGUUAACAGUUUUCUUCUUGUAAGAUUAUAAAUACUUGUUCAGAUCUUAGUUAUGUCAAUUAUCUAUAUUCAAAUAUAGAAGUGUUCAGUGCGAAAUUUAUAGAUCCAUGUUGGUAGUAUAAGGACUUGUGCCUAAGUUAAUUUCAUGUCUGUAAAUGAUUUUUUUAAGAUGCACCAUUUGUGAAAAUGAUUUCAUAAGAAUCAAUGAAUCCAAUGAAUUUGAUUCAGUUUGACAUAUUUCCUUCUUGUACAAUACAUUUGUAAAAAAUAUAUCAAACAAGAAAUAUAUUCUGCCUGGUUCAGUAGCAUUGUAUACUAAAUGUGUAUUCUUAAGAUAAUUAUGUUCACAAGAUAUAUGAUAACUAUAUAUUAUUGCACACAAAAGGAUCAAUGAUAUUCUGCAGAAUUAUGUUUAUCCUUCAUCUAUGCUUUUAAGACAAACAAGCCAUUUCAAAAUAUGCAGAGUUAUUUUUGUACAUUCUUUGAAACUGUGGGCAUUCUUUUUAGCUUCUUGCCUUAUUUUUGUACUUUUUUGACAAUGUAGUAUUUAUUUAUUGUAGAAGAUAGAUCAUGAUAGAAAAAAAUAUGCUAAGCAACGAAAUGAGGCAGAAUAUUACUUCAUGCAUAAUAUGCAAUCUAAAAUGAUCAUGUAAUGUAAUGCCUUAUAUGUAGUUUCAGAAAGGAUUUCUGAACAAUGACAUUUUGUUCUAUAACUCUGAAUAUAAAUAUCAAACCAUGUCAUGCACUCUUUUGUAUGUGUUUUGUAAUUGUUAAACUUUCAUUUCAUUUCACUGGGCAUAAAUGUUAGCAGUUCUUCACAUAUAUUUACAUGGGAAGUCAGUUUUAUAUUUUCAAAUUUUAUUUAUGACAUGUGAUCUUUCAAAAUUCCGAAUUUUUAACGGUUUUUAAAGAGAAAUUUAACUGAAUGUCUACAGAUGCCAUAACACAGUUAUUUCGAUAGCAUUGUGAUAAAGGAUUUGUUGUUAUUUUGUUGAUUAUGAAGUAUUACUCAUUCAUAUUAGAGAAAGCAUAAUGUUUUGUUUCUCAAUAGUUACUUUAUUCAAUCUGUUGCAGUAUUAAUUUGAACAUAGAAUGUUAAAUAUUGAAAACAGUUUUCAUUAUAAUAUAUACUGUUCUUGAAAAAGUGAUGUUGUAGUGAAAGCCACAUAAUAGAAGAGACAUGUAAUUAAAUUGUAGAUGCUAUGAAUUUAGCCAAAGGUGCCAACAUUGGAAACAGAUUGGAAACUUUUUACUUCAAGUGUCAUCUGAUAAUCCAGUGAAGUAUGGAGACAUUCAAAUGGGGUUUGCAGACGUCUGAUAUCAGUACAAUCAAAUCAAUGCCAUGGUAUAGUAGUACAUUGAUAUAUAAUUUCACCCAAGUGGUAUUCGUUUUCCAACAAUUGAGCAUAGCUUUUCACAUGUAUAUAGAUAUUGAAAUUCUGAUAAGAUUUCUAUUUUGACUCUUAUAAACAAAACAUGUUCAACAUCUUGGAGGUUCAUGUGGACUUGUGUUGAAUUGUGUAUAUGAAAGGAACAUGAAUGAGACUGCUGUCUUAACCCAUUCUUAAACUCCAUCCCAUGUCUCGGGGUACUGAUUAUUUUAACAUUGUUAGAGGGAUGGGGGCCGUUCCUUAUACAUGUAUUCAUCAAAGUCAUGAGAUAAAAGGACUGUUCAUGUUAUAAAUAAAAAUAAUGUUUCUCUAGCUGUGUUUGAGGUAAGGAGGGAUUUUGUGUCUAACAAAACGUUUGAGAUAAAUGUUCUCAUCCUAACCGUCAUGAGCCCAUUUGAAGAAAGACACCUUUUUCCUAACAAAACAUCAAGAUGAAUGUCCUCUUCAUAAACCUGUUGAGCCCAUCUGAAAAGAACACAAAUGCUACCAUUCCAUUAUCUAGUGAUGUAUGUUUAAGGGUAUCUCAAAUAUAAGACAAACCCUUCAUAUCCUUGUAUUCUGUAUGUGUGUUUUAUAGGCCCUCUUCUAUAUCUGUUACGAUAUUCCAUGUACCUGCUUUUGUGUCUGCAAUGUCCCAACAAUCUUCAGUACAAAAACAAAAGGGUACAGAUCACAUCAUCAACCAGAUUAGUGUUCGUUGACAGUUGAUAUUCAAUCCUUGUUGCAUUUCCAAAAAAUGGUUUUGCAUUGGAAAAGAUAUUGGACCAAACCGCAUAAAACGUGCAGGACUAGAAACAAAGCAGUUGAGACCAAUACAUGCCAUAUACAGCAAACAAUUGCUCUAUGUGAUGAUAUUUUAUUUAUAAGCCCCCAACUUACAUUCCAAACAAUUAAUAUAUGAAUGUUAUUUUUGUUGUCAAAUGUUGUUUAUAUACUGUCAAAUUCUCGAUAUAGUGGGUCGUUAUUGUUUUAUUUACUGCUCAGAAAAGGUUCCUGUUCAUGUACAUACUCUAUUUUAGGGCAUUUCCAUGAGAUAUGUUGCAGAAUGUACAAUGUAUUAUCCUUAUUGUUUGUUAAGUGUUCCCUUUGUCAGCACAGAUAUUGUGUGCUAUGGUUCCCCCUGUAAAUACCCUUAAGUGCUAAAUCCAUUUAUUGUGCAAAUUCUAUUUCUUUUGAUUUUGUUAAAUCCAUGCUCUUUCUUUGAAAGUUAUCAUUGUAUAUAGCAUCCAAGAAGAAACUGCUUAUACACGUUAAUUGUAAUAAAUCCCAUUCCAUUGUGGCUCGAUGUCACAAUAUAUUUAAGUUUUACAUUUGCAGUAAAAUUCAUCAUUAAUGCAUAACUGAUCAUCACUGGUAGUUAUUUUUGUACAUUAUGUGUAAUAUAGUGCAUAAUUCAUUGCUGCUCAAUUGUUUUAAAUGAUCGUAUUUUGUAAUGAUUUUUUGAUAUCAUCGUCAUGAAUUAAAAUAAGGAAAUUACCCAUU